AUGUCAAGACUAGAAAUAUAUUCUCCAGAGGGAUUAAGAUUGGAUGGACGUCGAUGGAACGAGUUGCGUAAGUUCGAUGCUUCAAUAAAUACGCACGCACAUUUAUCCGAUGGUUCAUCGUAUCUCGAACAAGGUAAUAAUAAGAUCUUUACGCUAGUGAAGGGUCCACGUGAGCCAAGCCAGCGUAGUCAGUUAGACCAGUCAAAGGCUACAUUGAAUGUUACGGUGAAUAUCACUAGAUUUUCCAAAUUUGAAAGAAGUAAAGCAUCGCAUAAGAAUGAAAGACGUACGUUAGAGAUACAAACGUCCCUUGUCAGGACAUUUGAGAAGAAUUUGAUGUUACAGAACUAUCCAAGAACGGUCAUUGAUAUUGAGAUUCAUGUGCUGCAGCAGGACGGUGGACUCGUGGGCUCCUUGAUCAAUGGGAUCACACUCGCAUGUAUCGAUGCCGGUAUUGCCAUGUACGAUUACAUCAGCGGUGUCUCCGUAGGAUUAUAUGACACAGUCCCACUUCUGGACAUCAACUCCCUCGAAGAGAAUGCCAUGUCCUGUGCCACGUUGGGUGUCGUCGGUAAGACAGAAAAACUGUCUCUGCUACUGGUAGAAGACAAGAUUCCUUUAGAUAGAUUAGAAAAUGUGCUGGCUAUCGGUAUCGCCGGUGCACAUAGAAUAAGAGACCUGAUGGAUCAAGAACUGAGAAGACACGCCCAGAAGAGAAUCGCCAAUUCAUCCAAGAAAUGA